AUGUCCGAUGACAACAGGAAGGACUCGAAGAAAGUCAAAGCUGCGUUGGAGGCGGCAUUUGCUUCGUCGGCAGCUGAAGCAUACCACUUGUUUGUCGAUAGGUGCUUGGCUUUGGACGAUCCUGUGGAUAUCUUCGUUGCAGAUCUGCAGCGGUUACUGAAGCUGUCGAAGCAUACACUCGCCGCGGACGGCAAAGAUCCCGUGCUCAUCGAGCAGUUUUUGAGUGGCCUUCCCGCAGAGUUUAGCAGGACCCUUCGCUUGGAGCGCGCAGCGAAAUCGCACUCUCUCCCGGAGCUGGUGACCAAGGCGCGGGUCAUGCAGGCGAGUGGUGCAGUAGUGCAGGCUGCAGCGGCGGCUGCUGCAGGAGGGUCGUUGCCCACGCUGUGUUUCGCCUGUGGCCAAGUGGGCCAUAUGAAACGUAACUGCCCCCGCCAGCGCUCCUGUGAUCGGACUGGCGACAGCCACGGGCAGGGUCGCGCUGGUGCGCCACCAAUCAAGUGUUACAAGUGCAAGCAGCCUGGACACAUCAAGCGGAACUGCCCCACCAACGAGUCGACUAAGUCUGGUUCUGCUGCAGCAUUGGCCUCGGCAGAGGACCGUACUGGCUUGUGCCUGGCCAUGCCUCACAGUGCAUGCAAUGGUUUAAUAAGAGUGGCAGUGGACGUUUCGUCGGAUGGUGGUGCAGAUUGGAGCAGGCAUGUAUCGGUAGUGGACACGGGAUGCACCACGUCUCUCGUGGAGCUGGCACUAGUGAGGAGGUUGGGUCUGCUGCACAGCGUGAGAGAUAGCAACGAGUCGCUUCUGACGAUUCAGGGCCAUACGCUGAACACCAGGGGCUGCGUCGAUGUGAUGAUGCGACGUCUGGACGGUCAUGUUUACUUACCGCAUAUAUGCGCGAUGCUAGUGGUGGUGGAGGACUUGGCUGCGCUGAACACCGACAUUCUGCUGGGUGCAGACGUUGCAGCUAGGACCGGAGGGGUGAACAUCGCGUACGAGACCCCAGGCGGACGGCUGUCUUCAGUAGUGUUCGUUACUCGGCUGGACGUGAUUGGUGCAGGUGUGGCAUCUUCUAGCAAGCUGUCGCGUCACAUGUUUGUGAAGGAGAAUGACGAUACCGUGACGCUCGAAAUAACCGAUGUUUCUGUGACCUGGAGCGGUAGCGCCGGCUAUUGGGAGGCUCAGUGGACCUGGAAAGAUGGUACGCCGCCGUCAUCUCUCCUCGGCUGUGGCAUUGGCAAGUACCCACGCAGCAAGCUGUCCAGCACGGAGGUGGAGUGCUUCCUCGCCGAAGUCGAGUCGUGGCUUGAAAAGGAAUGGCUUGUGCCUUAUGACACGGAGGCAUUCGGAGAAGCUAUGUGUGUUCUACCGUUUCUCUCUGUUUCUCAGCCGCACAAGGAGACUACGCCAAUGAGGCCGUGCCUGGAUUAUCGUCAGCUAAACCAGCGUCUGCUGUUUCAUCCGGGGUACGAUACAUCAUCAUGCGACAAGACGAUGAGAGAAUGGCGGAUGCGGUCUCCUGACGGGGUCAUGCUGGACUUGCGCAAGGCUUACUUGCAGAUCCACGUCGCUCCGAACCUGUACCGCUACCAAGCUGUGUUGUGUCGCGGCAAGCUCUAUGCCAUGACGAGAAUGGGGUUCCGGCUCAAUGUGGCGCCGAAGAUAAUGGACAUUUUGGUCAAGUGGGCGACACGAGACCUGAGCGGCGUCGAUAACUACGUCGACGACCUAUAUGUCGAGAGAGCAGCCCUGCCGGCAACGACGGAGCAACUGAGUCGCUACAGUUUGGACACGAAACCUGCCGUGGAUAUGCCCCAGGCUUGUGUCCUGGGUCUGCAACUGUCAAGCGAGAAUGGCGUUCUGCAGUGGAAGCGUCGUCAAGACUCCGACCUGUCUGUGCCAACCAACCCGACAUGCCGCAACAUCGUCAGUUGGUGCGUCCGAUCGGACAACGGCACAGAGUUGCGGAAUGCUCUGGUUUCAGCGGUCUACGAGACGUUUGGGGUGACGGUCGCGCAUGGAGCAGUGCAACACCCACAGUCGCAAGGUGCAGUUGAGCGAUUUAACCAAACUCUGCUGACGCUCAUCAGGAAGGUGCUCGGUGAGUCAGAUGAUUGGGUGCUCGACUACUACCGUGUUCGCCCCCACAGUGCGACUGGAGGGUCGCUGAUGAAGGCCAUGAGAGGUUGGAGUCCUCGUGGUCUUGUGCUUGAUCAACCACCAAGCGGCUACAACAUCGGUUCAUGCGUGGCUGAGCUGGAUCAGCGAUCAGCAGCUAUUCGCAGUAUGUUGGAGGAGACGUAUGCAGGAGCUGACUUCCUUGAUCAGCCAACACCGCAGUACCAGCUUGGGGACAAGGUGCUGUUCCUACGUCCUGCACGUCGUCAGAAGCGGUUUGCAGUGUACUAG